AUGAAGCCCUGCGCGGUGCUGUUCCUCGCCGCCGUGCUCGCCGCGUCCGGCUCCGGCGCGGUGCGUGGGGCGUCCCGGGCGGCGCGCUCGGAGUGCGACCCGUGGGCUCUGCGGCCGUGCGUCCCGGUGAUCCUCUGGAGCGCGCCCCCGUCCGGCGCGUGCUGCGCCAGGCUCCGGGAGCAGAGGCGGUGCCUGUGCAGGUACGCCAGGGACCCCGACCUGGGCAGGUACAUCAACUCCCGGAGCAGCAAGGAGGCCGCGGCCGCGUGUCGCGUGCGGGUUCCUACGUGCUAGGAAUGCACGGGCGGUGCUACUAGCUGUUUUCGUCUUGGCCGUCUCCGUUUCUGACAUGUUCGCCAUUAGCAGUGCUCUUGUGUGUCAUGCCAUCAAAUGUGGGUGUGGUGAUCUUGUUUUGAAACAUAUGGUUGCAAGAUUAA